AGGCGCCACCGUUCAAAUUGUGCGUGCUUCCUCUCAACCGCUCUGCUUGCAUGCGGUUGAUCUCGGCUUGGUGCUCCGUGGGACUGCGAGGUCGCAAAACUUGUUUCUUUUUACUCUUUUCAUCACCGACCCCUGCUUCAAAGCGAUACCAGCACCAUGCCACUGACGGAAAGGGACAGCAAAGACCUCAACAACAGCUGCGGGCAUGCACGUUCAUGCAAGACGAUGGACUCCUCUGUCCUGAACACCACCAGCACCACCAUUUUAUCCACCUCAGCGCUAGUUAACUCUUCAUCAAACCACUCUGCAUGCCAGGGUAACAAUGCCACAAGCAAGACGCCCACAAAGACUCCGAAGAAGACCCCUGGCAAGCACAGUCGAAACCACAAGAACCCAUCCAAGCAGACGACACCAGUUGGUCGAAAUGGCGGGGAUCGAUUCAUACCAAACCGGCAAAAAAUGCAGUUCGAACUAGCGAAUUACGUGCUGACUAAUCAAGAUAACACUCAGGAGAACACUGAUAAUGCAGAAUAUCGAGCAGCACUUGAGGAGCAGCUUAGCACGGACCUGGCAAACUUUCGCAUCAUGGCCUACAGUGACAAAGCCCCUCCAGCACCUGAAGGGCAUAACGGCAACAAGAUUCUCUACAGUGCUUCAAAACAACUUCCUUCGGCAAAAAAGUACUUCCGGUUCAUACCUAAGUCUGCCGAGCGCAUACUGGACUGUCCUGACAUCAGAGACGACUUUUACUUGAACCUCAUGGACUGGUCGUCUAGCAACCUUCUGGUGGUGUGCUUGAAGGGGCAAGUGUAUACCUGGAAUGCCUCGUCUGGUGAAGUGGAUCAACUGGUGGAGCUUCCUUCUCCAGCCGACUAUGUGUGUUCGGCCUCUUGGUGUGCCGAUGGGACAUACCUUGCCCUGGGUACCUCGGACAGCCAGGUCCAACUGUGGGACAUUCAUCAGCGCAAACGGCUGCGUACGCUGACGGGGCACGCGUCGCGGGUCUGUUCGCUGUCCUGGAACGGACACGUGCUGUCAAGCGGCGCACGGUCGGGGUUUGUACACCAUCACGAUGUGCGUGUGGCAGAGCACCACGUGGGUACUCUGUCGGCACACCAACAGGAGGUGUGCGGUCUGCGAUGGGCGCCUGAUGGCCGCAUGCUGGCCACCGGUGGCAACGACAACCUGCUGCGCGUGUGGCCAAACACCAUGAGCCACGGGGCUGUCCAGCCUUUGUACUCCUUCACAGAGCAUCAGGCUGCCGUCAAGGCCAUCGCCUGGUGUCCUUGGCAGUCUAGUGUUUUAGCAAGUGGAGGUGGUACCGCUGAUCGCUGCAUUCGGUUCUGGAGCUGCAGCAUGGGUACCCAGCUAAACCAUAUUGACACAGGAUCACAGGUAUCAUCUCUCCUGUGGUCCAACGAGUACAAAGAAAUCGUAUCGGGUCAUGGCUUCUCCAAGCACGAACUUGGCAUAUGGAAAUACCCAUCGAUGAGGAAAGUAGCGGAUCUCAUCGGGCACACUGCUCGCGUUCUUUGCAUGUGCCUCAGCCCUGAUGGAACCAUGGUCGCAUCGGCGGGUGCGGAUGAAACGCUGCGGAUAUGGAACUGCUUUUCAGUCGACCCAUCAAAGAAAAAACAGAAGAAGCUGCACAUGAAUGCUACUGCCUCAACCAUCUUCCGGCAGAGCAUCCGUUGAUGCUUCCACUGUCUAGCCAGUUAUUGAGCAUAACGGCCAUAUCGAGAUGGUGUUUCAGAGUGCUCAGCAUUCUUAUGCCCUCAGAUUUUUUUUUUUCCUGCUUCCAUUCAGCAUGGAGUUAGAAUUUGGCCAAAGCCAGCUUGUAUUAAGCAAACAAAAUUUCUAAGGGAGGUCAUAAUCAGCCAUUGCCAGUUCUGUUGCUUUGCCAGUGUUUUUACCAUCGCAUGAGUCAUCAUAAUAAAGCAUAUGGAACUACAC